AUGCCGCUCCACAUGUCUCCUCAGAGCGUCUUCGGCGCCGCGCUCGGCAUUCUGGCAGCGUUCCCGGUUGGCGCGUCUGCUGGCUGGAAGAACUUCCCGCCCCAUCGCCGCACAGCAUCGUCGUGCCCUGAUUACAGCUCUUACUCGGAGCAGCCGCAUGGCCCAUAUUCCUCGGGAUCGUUGAAGCUGCCGUACAUGCGGCCGAGCGAGGAAUGCAGGACAUUCAAGAGCCCGGCAGUCGAGAAAGUCAUUAGUGAUUUGAAAUCUCAACUCAAAGACCCAGACGUUGCUCGGCUUUUCGAAAACACCUUUCCAUCUACUCUGGACACGACGGUCAAGUACUUUGAUCCCUCGCUGAACCUGGCAUUCAUCAUCACUGGUGAUAUCACUGCACAAUGGCUGCGCGAUACCGGCAAUCAAUUUGCGCAUCUGUAUAAACUCUUGCCGCACGACAAGAAUCUUCAGGCUCUCGUCAAAGCCGUGAUCAAUACAGAGGCGCGAUACAUCUCACAGUAUCCCUACUGCGGUUCGUUUCAGCCACCACCUGAGAGUGGAUUGGCUCCAUCUGUCAAUGAUUGGGCGACAGAUGUUGUUGUGAAUCCGCCUGUCAACAACCAGACGGUGUUUGAAUGCAAGUACGAGCUUGACUCUCUGGCAGGAUUUCUCAAAAUCACGCGCUCAUACUAUGCCAACACAAAGGAUUCGUCUUUUAUCAAUGACAAUUGGAAUGCUGCGAUGAGCCAGAUCGUCAGAGUCUUGUAUGAACAGUCACAGAGCAGCUGGUCAAGCGACUUUGAAUGGGUCAGCUACUAUAACUGGACUGGUACCGCUGGGGCCCUUUCUCCCAUGGUGCCCAACAGUGGUAAUGGCGAACCGAAGCAGGCGAAUGGCUUGGUUGCUUCAAGCCACCGACCCUCAGACGAUCUCUGCGUAUUUAACUUCAUUACAUCUGACAACGCCAUGAUGUCUGUUGAGCUGGCCAACGUUGCCAAUAUGCUUAGCAAGAUUGGAGUCCAGAAAAGCCUCGCCACACAGCUAAGCCAGUACUCCAACACUAUUAAACAGGCUGUAUGGGCGCAUACGCGCGCCACCAACGGUAUCUUUGCGUACGAGACAAAUGGCAUCGGCGCUCAAUACAUCAUGGACGAUGCCAACGUCCCAAGUCUUGUAUCGCUACCCUACUUGGGAUUCUUGGAGAGGAGCGAUCCUACAUACCAAAAGACCAAAGCAGCUAUGUUUUCGAGGGCGAAUCCAUACUAUGCAGCUGGAAAAUCUUGGAAUGGCAUUGGCGGCCCUCAUGUCAAUGCCACUUAUCCUUGGCCCAUGAGCCAUAUUUCUGGCAUAUUCGGCACCGACGACGAUAAUGAGAUCAAGCAGCGACUUGCAUUUAUCUUGGAGAAUACAAGCGGAUUGGGACUGAUCCACGAGAGCGUCAACAUUUACAAUACGAGCGUGUAUACUCGUCCAUGGUUCGCUUGGGCAAACAGCUACUUUGCGGAAAUGAUCCUGGACCUGGCGGAGCGAAAGCCACAUUUAGUUUUGAAGUCUGGGAAGCCGUACAAGAUUGGGCAGUGA